CCAAUGGAGUCUUCCCAACGCUGACUUCCUUGUUGAAGGGGCGGAGCAAAAGAAAGAAUACCGAGGGGGUCGGCUAGGGGGAUUGCCGGGCACUCUCGGGGCGUAAACGAGGCGGCGUAAGCGAUGGUUUACAUUUCGAAUGGACAAGUUUUGGAUAACCGGAGUCGGGCUCCAUGGAGUUUGUCAUCUAUAACUGACUUCUUCUGGGGAAUAGCAGAUUUCAUAGUGAUGUUUUUUCAGAGCAUCAUUCACCCAGAUUUGAGGAGAGGCUACGCAUCUUCUUCUUCUUCAAGAUAUGACGAUGGAAGAGGACCUCCAGGAUUUCCUCGUCGUAGAAUGGGUCGAAUAACCCACUUUGGAGGUCCAAGUCCCCCACCAAUGGCUGGUGGUGGAUGAGGAAGGUAAACGCCUGCUUUAAGAAGCAGGCGUCAGACUACAUAUUUGCAUGACUAAAAGAACCUGAUCAAGAAUGCAGCAAAGGGAUCUGAAGGUUGCAAAUAUGUUGUCUAAAUGAUUUGACUGCUCUGUGAAUCAGCAGAAAAAUGAAGUUGUACUGGGAAUUCCAUUUUCUAGGAUCCAGUGUAACUGAAGUGCAGUUCUAUUAAAUGUACCUGUUUACUGUCUGUUUUAAGCCUUUUGUAUAGCUGUUGGAUAUUUUGUGCUAGUUGUAAAGUUAUGGAAAUAUAUAACUUUGCAAAAUACUGAGUUGGGAUCAUUUAAUUGUAAUCAAUAUUUUAGAAUGGACAAAUUGUGCACA